AUGCCGCCGAAGAAGUUCGUGAUGCCGCGUGCCGCGACCGAUCCCGCCGCCGCCGCCCCGCCGAAGCAAAGGAAGCCUAGGGCUCCGCUGUCCAAGCCUCCCGGCAUCACCAACGCCGAGUGGAAGGCGGAUGUGGAGCACCGGGAGGCCGUCACCGUCGACAGGCGCAACAGGGCCAAGAAGGCCAGGGAGAAAGCGGCGCACGCUGCGGCGGUGGCGGCUGCGGAACAUGCGGCGGCCGAACAAGCGGAGGCGGCGCGCGCGGCGAUGAUGAACCCACCCGGGCAUCCGUACGCGGCCUGGAGCCAGCAAAGCGUCGGCUCUCCGGCCGGGUUCUCAUCGUCGCCGCACCCAUGGAGCACGCCGUCGCCGGGCUAUGCCGACGGGGACACCCAUGGUGGCUUCAACCCCAACAUCACCUUCCCCCAUGGGCGGCCCGUCCAGCGCACGCCCUCGCCCGCGUUCACCGACGUGCAGUACCCGCCGUACACGUACUCGCCGCCGGACUACGCAGCCUCAUCGACGCCGCCUCUCCGCCGCGGCCUCUACUCACAAGCCUCUUCCUCAUCGCAUCUCGGCGACGCCAACACGACGGAGGCCGACAUGGAGGACAUCAUCGCAGACCUCGCCGACGUGGACGACGAGCUCGACUACGGCGAGGAAGAGCCGGAGGAGGAGGAGGAAGAGGAGGAGGAGCCGGCGCCGACGAGGAAAAGCAAGAAGAAGAAGAAGAAGGCGGCCAAGUCCGGCGAGCCACGCAUCAAAUGGGCGUCCAAGGAAGAAGAGUGCCUCGCCGAAGCGUGGAAGGUCGUCUGCCUCGACCCGGUCACCGGCACGAAUCAGAGCAUCAAGACGUAUUGGGACUGCAUCAAGGCCGAGUUCGACGAGCGGAAGCUCGUCGACCCCUACUUCAAAGGCAUGCACAUGAAGCGGGGGUUGAAGGCGAUGGCAAACCAUUGGUUGCUCAUUCAAACGGCGUGCAACAAAUGGUAUGGGAUCGUCGAGGAGGUCGCGGCUCGCCCGGAGAGCGGCACCAGUUUCGAGGAUCAGCUGCUGCGCAUGUUCGCCAUGUUCCGCGACGACAACAGCGACACAGACUUCAAGUACCUCCACGUCUUCAAGCGGAUCGACAAGUGCGAGAAAUGGGCGGCCGUCCGACGCACCCUCGCCAAGGCCAAAGAGACAUACAAGCCGGACGCGCCGACAGCGGGCGCGGCCGAUGGAUGCCCGGACGACAACAAAGGUGCCAAGAAGGCGAAAUACGGCGAGACGGCUGCCGCGCGCGUGCAGGAGGCCGUCGAGCACUGCAUCGCCGACGCCGAAACUAGGGCCGCCGAGCGAGAGGAGAAAACAGAGGCGAGGUGGGCUGUUUUGAUGACGAACAGCGCCAUCAAACUCGACUUGCUCCGCGCCAACACCGCCGCGAAACUCAAAGCUCAAGACGCCAAGAAGAGGAACAACGACUUCACCUUCUUGAUGGGCGGUGCUGACAUGCUCCAGAGCGGCGACGAGAAGCUCAAGGCGUGGUUCUUGGCUGAGCGCGGCCCCAUCCUGAACCAGAUACCGGCGACGCCGACGCCGCCGCCCAACCCGGCGGCUGAUGACGACGAGACCAGGGCUGACGAUGUCUCCGCCUCCGCAACGCCCAGCCCCACUGACGAUGCCUCCGGCGCGCCCAGCAGCACAGAAGACGCGCCGAACAGCCCGGAAGCCGCGUCGAUUCCUCCUAGCCCGCGUACGCCGACGACUACGCCGCCGGAGGUUGAACUCGACGCUUGA